AUGGAAAACCAAACCACACUGACCGAAUUUGUUCUCCUGGGACUGUCCAGUGACCCGCUGGUGCAGAUUUUCCUCUUCCUGGUGUUUUUCGUGAUUUACCUUUUCACCCUGCUUACAAAUGGCCUCGUCAUGCUGACGAUCCAAGCUGAUUUUCACCUCCAUACCCCUAUGUAUUUCUUCCUCCUCCAGCUGUCCUUGGUGGAUACCUGUUAUUCCUCAGUCACGGUGCCCACACUGUUGUUAAACCUCCUGUCGGAGCACAAAACCAUUUCUGUCUGCGGCUGCAUUGCUCAGAUGUUCUGUAUCCACCUCUCGGCCGGUGCAGAAGUGUUCAUUGCCCUCGCGGCCAUGGCGUACGACCGUUACGCGGCCAUCUGUGACCCGUUGCGUUACGCGGAGAUCAUGAAGAAAGGCAUCUGUGUUCUGCUGGGGGCUGGUGCUUGGUCCAUGGGCUUUUUAUAUGGCCUGAUCAACACCGUUUUUGCCCUCCAGUUGCAUUUCUGUGGCAACAAUCAAAUCCACCAUUUCACUUGCGAGUUCCCUCCACUGUUACAACUGUCCUGCACCUCGCCCCUCAGGAAGCAGCUGGUGCUUCUCAUUCCUGCGCUUGCGUUCGGACUCAGCUCCUUCCUCCUCAUCCUCAUCUCCUACGUGCAUAUCAUCUCCACCGUCCUGCGGAUGCGCUCUGUGGAGGGCCGGCGGAAAGCCUUCUCUACCUGCAGCUCCCACCUGACUGUGGUUGGCUUGUUCUACGUGACUGGUUUUAUCCAAUACACCAAACCCAGCUCCGUGUCCUCUGUGGUUCUGGAGGAAAUGGUCUCCAUCCAGUACAGCAUCCUGACUCCCCUGUUAAACCCCGUCAUCUACAGCCUGCAAAACAAGGAGAUAAAAACAGCUCUGAGGAAAAUAUUGGGGAAACUCAGGUUCAGGUCUGGUGUUUAG